GUGGCCAGUGUCGCAACUUUUCUGCGAGUCAAUAUGGCGUUUGGUAGUUGUGAGAAAUUAUAGCUGCUCGUCAAUGUUUCUCGGAUUCCAUGCUCAGCAGCAGCAGCAGUGUGGCCCCUGUGCAGGGAGGGUGUCCCCAUGUACCAGUGCCUGAAAUUUGUGGACCGAUUUAUCCGCAAGGACCACAAACCCGGACUGGGCUCGGCGGGCGGCUCAGGUGGAGCAGCAGGUGCGGGGCACGUGUACCACGAGCGGCAGGUGAAGGAGCUGUGCGCCCUGCACGCGCUCAACAACCUGUUCCAGGACGGCCAGGCCUUCACCAAGGGCUCGCUCGACGACAUCUGCCACAGGUUCCUGUCGCCCGACCACCUCGUGAACCCGCACAAGAGCAUGCUAGGCCUGGGAAACUACGAUGUCAACGUCAUCAUGUCCGCCCUACAGCUCCGCGGAUACGAGGCCAUCUGGUUCGACAAGCGAAAGGAUCCGUCGUGCAUUGACCUGAGCAAAAUUGUGGGCUUCAUCCUGAAUGUGCCGAGCGAGAUGAAGUUCGGCUUCCUCCAGUUUCCCCUCAGCCGGAAGCACUGGAUUGCCGUGCGCGAGGUCAACGGCACUUUCUACAACCUCGACUCGAAGCUCGAGGCACCAGCCGUCAUCGGCAAGUCUCAAGAACUGCUUCAGUACCUGCGGGAGCAGAUCAAGUGCAAGGACCGGGAGAUCUUCAUCGUGGUCACGCAGGACAUUGGCAGGGUCAAGGGCUGCUACAUCGAGACGUCCAGGGGGACACCUCCGAGGCAGCCGUCGCAGCAGAGCGUGGCGCCAACGCGCGAACACACGUCGCGGACGAACUUGCGGUAGAAGUGACAUCGCCGACCGAUCGCAGCGGCGGCGGGACCCGUGUGUGCCCAACAGAAAUCGCCUGGAUCUGUGAGACAGACGGAAAGCGGGAGAAACAGAAGAGGCACUCGAGACACCCGCUUUCCUUCGGCGUGAUGCCCCCCAAUUCUGCGGGACGUGACUACAGCGUGUCGUCGUCUGCUACGUGUGUCUGCUGCCAGCAUCCGGUGUUGUCUGGUAGCAGGGAUCAUGCCACCGCGUGCGAGGUGGCAAACUGUUUAAUUGCCUGCCAGCCGUGACAAAAUACGCAGGGGGACGCACCCCUCAGGAGCGCCCCUCCAGCUUGCCGAAGUGAGCUUCAUCCGGUGUUCUCAUCCCCCCCGCCCCCCAAUCCCAAGGAAGGCGACGACUUUCUGCUUUUUACACAUGCAUCAGUGCAAAGCAGCUGUUUCACAAGUCCUACACUUAACGUGCCUGCCCAGUGAAGCUGUCUGUGCUUUUUGCCUUGCUUUUGCUUUCUCUACCGGUGGCACAGCGGCAGUCGAGUAACGUUCCUCGUGGUUUCGAGGAGUCGCCCGCUAACGAACGACGUUAGCAGACAGUGUUUAAUGCUGGCAUUCCCCCAGAGCCACGGCACGCAAAGGCGCCAAUCAAAUGAACAAAAAAGAUCUUUAGCGGUGCCUCUGCAUGCGUUGCAGCAACGAAUCUCUUUUAUCAGUUGCCCCUAGCUCGUCUUUCACGGCUAGGAUCGUAGGCAUUGCCGAAGCCGCCUCAUUUUGUCAACCUGCUGCGAGUAACCGGCACGCACAGAUUCCCGGAGCAUAAUAGCCAUAAGCUGGUACUUUUCGAUUCGUGGAGUGGAGCUCGGUUCGAACAGAUGUUUUUGCACAGACCUUAUUACGCAUGCAUCAGGGAACCCUUUUAACACUUCAUUGUGCCAUCAACUUUGUGAUUCAUUCUUUCUUUUUUAUGUUUUUAACCAGCAUCAUUCACUGCUAGCGCGAGAGAGAGCGAAUCAAUGUUUGAAAACUGCCGUUUUUUGUCGAUUUGAUGUGUUCAGGAGGCUGGCCUUAAUCGCGAUUACAAAGCCCAAAGGGUUUUUAGCAGCUGCCACUCUGUAAGGCAAGUCAAUCGCACGAAGUGUUCCCGUGUCUUAUUACGUCCAUGUUGCAGACAGCAUUCACUUUGCGCUGUUCAGUCAUUCGCGUAAGUCGGUGCAAAACCGAAAUCCAGACUUGUUUCUGUCACCCAAACCGUUACGGGUGAAGAGUCUGGAGGUUACGAUAAGAACAAAAUAUAUGUAAAUAAUAUAACCGUAAAGAAAUCUUAAGGUUUUUGGAAAUAAGCACCUGUUCUUCUCUUGUACAUACACUUUGGAUCUUGAAAGCUCUGUUAACGAAAGUCAAGUUCUUCGUUAUUAAGCCUUUGCCCUCUUGCAUGUCUGCAAAGCUGCUUUAAGCCAUGCUGGGUACGCGAACACUUUCGUUAUGUCAAGCAUUAUUACUCGUAAUGCUCUUACAGGGGAGUAGGAAUGUCUCGUAUAUCGCAGUGCAUUCAUUCACACUAACUGAUGGUAAUGCAGGAAGAAAUGUACACUACAGCAUUUGAGAUGUCGUGAUUCGACUAGUGGAACUCGUGGGGCAGUUGUUGGAUGCGGCUGCCACUACGACAAGUCGUACGUACAAUACUCACAGAUUCAAACGCGACAUCAAAGUUUUUUAGUAUAACAACUGGUAUACGCAAUUGCUCGAGAUAACCACGUCAUGUUGCAAUGAAUCUGGUCUCUAAAUAUUGUCUCUGAUCUACGCGUUCGAGUCGAAAUUACGCCGAUGUGACCCAAACUGAAGACUGUGGAAAGGAAAGUAUGUGCGUUAGCCCUAAAUUGUCCCAUUUCAAUUCGCGAGUACUGUACAUCAGUUCACGUGCCGGAUCAUACCGUGUGUGAUUUCAAGCAGCCUUGUGUGCCAUAGUGGUAGCAAAGCCAUGUGGCGAUUGCAUAGGUGUCGGCAGUUGCUGGCAGUUUGGUUUUCUUUUUUUUUUUUAAGGUUGUAGUGAGAUGCUGCAUUCUUCGAUACGUCGAAUACUCCUCAAACUAGCAAAUCGUGACAACCGACCCUUUUUUCUGGCUUGUAGUGUAACCACAGCCGAACACAGAUCCAAGUUUAUUUUUUCAAGGCCAUUCUUGAGAUGGUUGCAAAGAUGCUUGCCAUGACAGUAAUAAAAAUAAUCUUAAUUUCCUUUUCCUUUUUUUUAUUUCUUUCUGUACAAUAUCAGUUCCAUCAUAAAAAUUUG